AGCGAUCCGUUUCUUUUUCAUCUAUGAAAAACCUAACAUAACGACAAUACAAUCCUAUUCCUGUAUUAUAUAUUUGAUAUAAUUUCGAGGAAUUAGUUAGCCCGACUAGUUGUAUCGUCUAAGUACUGCUUUAGGGCGAAGGUGUAUGGCGCGAAAACUGACAUUUGACACAUAACAUAAAAAUUUCUACUAUGAGUGAUUCCACUUAUAAACAUAAGUAUCAAAAAUACAAGCUACGAGUGAAAACAUGGGAGCGCGAUUUCAAGCGUAAAUUUUCACGAGUUCCGUCCAAGUAUGAUAUCCGUGAGGCGCCACAAGAAAUACGAGAUGCUUACAAAAUGUACUACAAAUUGAAAACCUCAUUUCUGGAGGAUACUUUGAAUGAUGUUUUUGAUGACGACGGAUUUAGUGUUCUUGAAAUUUCGCAGAGUCGAAGCGAAUUAGCAACAAAUGAUGAAAGUUCAAAAAUGUCCAGUAGCAUUGCCGCGCUAGUUGGUAGUGCAACAUCUUCAAAUAUGCUAGAAGAAAUAAAAACACCUAAAGAAACGAAAAGCAACAAAUACAAAGGCGUGACUUAUGCUGAUUUCGAAGAAAAAGUGGUCAGAGAAUUUGAUGCGGUAGAAUUUUGUGAAUUAAAUGAAAAAGCAUGGGGGCCCGAACAAAGUAUACAAAACUCAAUGCCUGAAAAAGAAGUUGAUGAAAGUCCCCGCGAACCAAGUGCUUUGACGAAGCCUUUCACAUCAAGCUUAUGUGCAAAACUUUUAAAGGCGUCAUCAUUCAGUAAACGCAAUCCAAGGAAGUCACUUUCUCGCGUUAAUUCGGGUAUAGGUACACCAAUAUCACGUCAGGAAUCUUUGUGUAAUACAUCGCAGCAAUCGGAAGUUUUACCCGAUUUAGAGACUAUAUUACUACAAAAAGCUAAGGAGCAACAAUCGUUGUCAGCCGUUGCUCUCAAUCCAUUAUUAGUAGGCAAGGACACCGCUACUCAACUAAAUAUAGAUGCCGGCUGGCUAAACCGUAAUACCAUCGAUGAGGGACUAGAAGGAGGUGUAGAAACGCAAUCAGUUAAAUCACUGACUCGACCUGCAACAACAGUGGAAAAGCGUUUUGGACUAAGCAAUAUCAAUGUGAAAACUGUGGUACCCUUGACCAAUAAUAAUAAUAUAAAACAUGAAGAAACGUUAAAAACAAAUGUCGUGGAAACCAAACCAGCAACUGCAAACAAAACACUCUUGGCGACAAGUGCGUUUGUUAAUGUAGAUGUUAAUGGCGACUCAGAUUCAGUUGUUUCUGAUAGCGGUGGUGAGGAUCAAGAACAAGCUUAUGUACACGUCGCCAAAAGACGCCGAGUGCUGAGAACAAUUGAAAAAAAUCAAACGAAUAAGAAAGGUGAUUUGCCAACGAUUAAGAACGAGAAAAACGAGCUGAAAGCAAUAGCAUUUCAGGAAGAAUCAGCUACGUCAGAAGUUCAACAAGAGAAGGUACAACUUUAUGAUUUCUCGGAUGACAAUGGUGACGCAGACUAUUCACCACCUAAAGCUAAGAAAGGAGCGCGCAAAACUGUUAAGCCUGCUAAAAAGACCGCCAAAACCAAGGAAACAAAACAAAAAACUAAAGAAAAUUCUAAAAAAACAAAAAUAAUGAAUUCCGUGAGAACAAGUAGGACUAGAGGUAAUAAUACCAAAAAAGGUGCACCCGAAGAUAAGAGCGACAUUACUGCCACGAACAUGGAGCAGGUAAGCGAAGAACCCGACGAAAAACCACCAGAAGCAGCUAUGUUGCGUUAUACAAUGCUGCUCGAGAGUGGUGAACUCACAAGUACGCCCCGUGUACCAAAUAGUGAGCUGGAGAAAGCCGACGAUGUAGCACAGCGGUAUAUAAAUAGCACACAUGUGGUAGUCGCCAAAGCGGAAACAGCAGCAACUAGUCAGAAAUCCACACAUUUACCAAUCAUUGAUGAGAAGCGUGCGACAGCACGAAAGAAGCUUGAAGAAAAAGUUGCAGCUGGUAAACUUAAUGAGAAUUAUGUAUCGAUAAAUCUGCAAAAGAAGAUAUAUGCACGCGGUAAACGAAAUGUUAAUUACUCUAAAUAUAAGAAAAAGAUGUGGCGCCACAAAAAGAAAAUUGCUGCACUCGCCGGUCCGGAUAUGGAUAUGGGCGGUUGUGAUGGUGGUGUACUAACGUGCUUCACUUGCGGGCAAGUGGGACAUUUCGCCGCACAAUGUAAGAUAAAGGGCGACGCAUUAUUGCCUCUAACAGCACAACUUGAGGAGGAUCCCUCACCAUUUCCAACGCUUGAAGAAGCUGAGCGUAUGGCUGCUCAGAGUGCUGUGGUGGCACAUAGUAGAAAUAUAUCGAAAUUACCAGCCGCAGCGAAUAGCGCAAUGUAUCAAAACAAUGAGGAGGAUACUGAACCGCAUAAGAAUUACGAGCAUGAUGACACAGUUAAUCAAGCGUCAAUUGCUGGUAGAGACAGUAAUGCUGAUGCCUCCGAAGGCGAUGAUGACUGCUCGGAAAAUGACGAUAAUGAAAAUAUGUAUUUUGAGAGCGAUGAAGAAUUUGAAAAUAUUAAUCUUGAUGAGGUGACCACAUCGGCUACACAAGAGUCACCGAUUAAAAAAUAUGUGGGUCAUAAAAUACCGGAAGAUUUUCUUAAAAAAGUCGGUCUACAUUCCAAUUCUGAAAAUGGCAAAACAUCUGAUACGAAAUUCGGUGGUAUUACACCCAUUUAUGAACUUGAUGCCGAUGAUAAUGUGCGCGAGGACAUACCCACCGAAGUUACAGAGGCGCUACGUAUGUUCGGGCAUACAAAUUUUCGAAAAGGUCAAGAGCGUGCAAUUAUGCGUAUAUUAUCUGGCGUGUCAACGUUGGUUACAUUAAGUACAGGCAGCGGUAAAUCAUUAUGUUACCAAUUACCUGCUUACCUAUACAGUCAUCGUAGGCGUGCAAUAACAUUAGUUAUAUCACCACUUGUAUCUCUUAUGGAGGAUCAGGUGACAGGCGUACCACAUUUUCUGCGCGCACAUUGUUUACACACCAAUCAAACGCCUCAACAGAGAAUCAAAGUAAUGGAAAUGAUAACGGCGGGUGAAGUAGAUAUUCUAUUGGUGUCACCGGAAGCUGUUGUGUCUGGUGAACGUUCGACAGGUUUUGGUGCUAUUCUGCGACAAUUGCCGCCAAUCGCUUUCGCUUGUAUUGACGAGGCGCAUUGUGUGUCUCAAUGGAGUCAUAAUUUCCGUCCAAGUUAUCUGAUGAUUUGUAAAGUGCUCAGAAAGAAUUUGGGCAUUCAAACGGUUUUGGGCUUGACCGCAACAGCAACUUUACCAACGCGUCUUAGUAUUAUCAGCCAUUUAGGAAUACCAGACGGCGAACGUGGUGUUAUCAGUGAUAUUCCCUUGCCAGAUAAUCUUCUAUUGUCUGUAUCAAAAGACGAAAACAAGGACGCUGCUUUAUUGGAAUUACUUUUAAGUGAUCGGUUUAGUGACUGCCAAUCCAUAAUCGUUUACUGUACACGUCGCGAUGAAUGCGAGCGUAUCGCUUCGUAUCUUCGCACUUGUAUGCAGGAUCAAUGUAACGAUAAAAAUGUAACGGAAAGCGGUAAGCGCAAACGAAAACGUACUAAUUGGGCGGCAGAACCGUAUCAUGCUGGCAUGCCGGCUUCACGUCGUCGCACAAUACAAAAUGCAUUCAUGCGUAAUGAGUUGCGCAUAGUUGUGGCCACCAUUGCUUUCGGUAUGGGCAUCAAUAAGUCCGACUUACGUGCUGUCAUCCAUUACAAUAUGCCUCGCAACUAUGAGAGUUAUGUACAGGAAAUCGGACGUGCCGGACGUGACGGCAAACCGGCACAAUGUCAUCUCUUUUUAGAUGCACGCGGUGGUGAUAAGUGUGAGCUACGUCGUCAUAUCUACUCGAAUUCGAUUGAUCGACAUGUGAUAAGAAAAUUAUUGCAACAUGUCUUUGUACCGUGCGCCUGUGCCAAGAAGGAGACAUCAGAGGCGCAAGUUUCGCGAGGGAAUAUGUUGAAAGCAACAAAUGCGGAGGAAAAUAAUCGCAUUUGUCCCGGCCAUGAAAUCGGUUUCUCCGUGCAACGUACAGUUGAGGUAUUGGAUAUACCAGAAGAAAAUAUAUCCACAUUGUUAUGUUAUUUAGAACUGGAUUCUCGUUGGAAUAUAAGUGUGCUCAGCAAUGCUUAUACUAUGGCCAAGAUCAUUUCAUACGGUGGUGCAAAGUACCUGAAACAUGCGGCCAAAGAAUGUCCACCUUUAGCUAUGGCAAUCGCUUUGGAAAUAAAACAAGAUAAAUUUAAGGAUGAUGCGAAUAUAAUUGAAUUUUCAGUGGUUGAUAUUGCUGCAGCGAUCGGUUGGAAUAGUGGCGUUGUAAAAUAUCAAUUGAAAAAUUUGGAGUGGAUUGAAGUCGAUGGAUAUCCGCGACGUUCCCCGAUUAAUGUAAAUUUCCACGACAUCGGUUUUCGUUUGAAGGCGCCGGGAGAUUUUAUACCCGAAGAAAUAGAUGAUGCUCUCGAUACACUCUAUAAUCGUACAGUCGAACAGGAGAGUACGCAAUUGAUACAGCUACAGUAUGUCUUUCAAGGUCUAUCUUUAGUCGCCUACAAUAAUUAUGUGCCGUGCAUGAGCGCUAACUAUGCUCCAGAUCGUUCCAAUCAACUUAAAGGAAUUAUACGCGAUUACUUUCUAAAUGAUUAUCCUAAAGAACUGAAACUAGAACCGGAUAAUUCCAAUAUGUCCGAUGGUGAUAUUGAACACGAUGUACUCACGCUCAUCAGCAUGUAUCCAGAUAAUAAUUUCAGCGGUCGGAAUAUUGCUCGCAUUUUCCAUGGCAUAACAAGUCCAAACUUUCCAGCUGUUAUAUGGGGCCGUUGUAAAUAUUGGAGAGCUCACUCAAAUAUUGAUUUUAAUCGCAUUUUAAAAUUGGCGAACGCCCUUAUUGUACGACGACGCAUUUAAUAAUUUUUUCUUUGCUUAGGGAAGAGGUCAGUCUAAUGUAUUGAGGCAAUUUUAGUUUUUAAAACUUAUGAUAGUUCCAAAACUUGCAUAUCCAUCAUAAAUUUAAAUUCAUUUAUUAUUGUAUGUUAUCCAUUUUAACUAUAUAACUUGUUCACAAACAGUUUUUAGCUUUAUCAAUUGCUUUUUAAUUUAAUACAUAAAUUAUUUUUAAUAUUGACAAAACUGAAAAGACUUCAAAUAGAAAUGCCUCUCAAAAUAGACUCCGUAUAAAAACGCUUUUUUAUAAUUGUCACAAGACAUAUUAGUUAAUAUAUAUAUACACUUUAAGCUUUACUAUGUAUUUAGGUAUUAUUUUUUUUUUUAUAAGAAUGUUUUUAAAUAAAGUUGACAAAAAAUAUUUUUACAUAUAUUUUAAUUUUGAGUAACUGGA